GAUAACGAGGACGAAGAAUCGGACGAAGAAUCGGGCGAAGAACCGGGCGGAGAACCGGAUGAAGAAUGGAUUAAUGGAGUUAGGAAGAAAGUAAAUUCAGCACAACCUAUGGACCAUCCUGAGAGACCAUGCACCAUCUUCAAGGUCCCCAAGCACAUAUGACGGUUGGAUCCUGAAGCCUACAAACCAGUGUUUGCUUACCUCGGACCUUUUCACCACAACAGCCGCGGGAGUUCCUUGAUGAAGUACUACAAGUGGCGCUGUGUCCAGCACCUACUAUCGCGUCAUCGAAGUCAAUUGUUGAACGAGUGCUUGUUGGAGUUGAAGAAACAGGAUGAGAAGGUCCGGAGCUGCUACUCUAAGAAAUUCUCCAAACUAAAUGCCCAAAAAAUGGCAUUGAUCAUGUUGCUUGAUGGGUGCUUCAUCAUUUAUCUCAUGCUAAACAUGAGUCCCAGGGAGGAAUCAUUGGAAGGCGAGGCAACCGAGGAGGAUGAGGGCAAGAAGAGGAUAGAGUGGAUGACUGAGACGAGGGAGGGAGAGGUUGUUUUAAAUAUCGAGGAGAGGGAUAAAAAGGGAAAAGGGAUUGCAAAGGAGAUAGAGGAGGAAGAGGUAGGAAAGUUGGAAAGCGAGGCAACAGAGGAGGAUGAGAGCAAGAAGAGGAGAGAGUGUAUGAUUGAGCCGAGGGAAGGGGAGGUUGUUUUAAAUAUCGAGGAGAAGGAUGAACAGCUUGAGGGCCCAACUGUGGCAGGAUUGUUCACCAUUAGUUUAGUGGUUUAUGAUCUGCUGAAGCUUGAGAACCAAAUUCCUUUCUUCAUCAUUAAAUUGCUAUUUGAUCUUCUCAAACCAUGCGAGGAUGGACAGAUUAAUCUUGUUGACCUUGCUCUCCAGCUUUUCAAGGGCAUCCAUCCCGAGGAAUCCGAAUCAUUCAAGAAGUCCAAGAAGAAGUCCCCCGGUGAAUACCAUCAUCUGCUCCAUCUAUUUUAUUCAUCUCGGAUCCCUUUAGAAAAGCCAGCAGAGUCUACAUCUGCACCAGAGGAAGCUGCUCCUUCACAAGGGGCUUCGACAUUUGCACCGACUUCACGAGGGUCUCCGACAUCCGCACCCAAGUGGAUUCCUAUUGCGACGGAGCUUGACAGGGCUGGGGUGAAGUUCAAGAGGAAGGAACAGGCAGACACUUUCUUGAACAUAACAGUCCAAAAAAGGAGGAUGAAGCUUAGGAGUGGGUGGAUGGAGAUUCCACCACUGCAAAUCUAUGACUAUACUCGUCCUCUCUUCCAAAACCUCAUAGCUUUCGAACAGUGCUAUGUCGACACUGAGAUGUACAUUACGAUAUACGCACUCUUUAUGAACUCCUUCAUCGACCAGGCUGAGGACGUGCGGUUGCUCCACUUGAAAGGCAUACUGGAACAUAAAAUAGGCCAAGAUCGCGAAGUGGCAGACCUCUUCAAUAAGUUGGGCCGUCAGGUAAACUAUGUUCUGGAAAAGAACUACCUUGCAAAUCAGAUUGAAGAAGUAAACAACUUUUAUGAAGCCAACUGGCGCAACAGGCUUGAUGCUUUCAGGCGAUUCUUUAAAAACCCAUGGAUUGUAAUUGCGGUGUGGGCAAUGGUCUAUUUUGCCUUGCCUCUGAAAAAAUGGAUCUGGGGGGUGAGUGGAUAAGAAAAGAUUCCCUCCAAACAUGGAUACUGGAGAAUUUUUCAUUUAUCUGGGGAGAAUAGAAACUAGACGGUUAACUGUGGUUGUUAGGUAGUAUAGAUAAAUGCGGUUGGCUAUGCUGUUGACCUCAUAAAAAAUAAUUUACUGCGAUGUAUCAUGGUUGGUUUGUAAUUUUCUUGGAAGAUGGCUAUUGGAUCUAAUGUUGCUGUGUCACGCUCCAAA